GUCCAGCCUCCGCGCUGGUAAUUUCAGGAAGAAGCAUCUCCACGGCUGUUGCUGCCGCUGGCCCGGUUAAACAUUUCGACCCGUCUGUCGUGUGGAAGCCAGAACCGAGCUUCCUAUGUAGCGACCAGCCGAGCCGGACCCUACCCCCCCUCACCCCCAGCUAGUCUGUCCCGGCCUGAGACCCGAUGCUAACAUGGACUGGUCAGUGAGCAAAAAGGCUCUACUGUGCUGCAUCUUAGCCUUGCUUUUCAGCGCUGCUCCCCAGCAAAAGGGGUUUUGCGGCGCGAGCACGGUUGCCCUUCCUGAAAGCCUCCUCUUUGUGUCCACCCUGGAUGGAAACCUGCAUGCUGUCAGCAAGAAAUCAGGCUCCAUCAAAUGGACGCUGAAAGAAGAUCCAGUUCUUCAGGUCCCGACACACGUAGCAGAGCCGGCGUUCCUGCCGGACCCCAACGACGGCAGCCUGUACUCCCUGGGUGGGAAGAACGACGAGGGCCUCACAAAAUUACCUUUCACCAUCCCUGAGUUGGUCCAAGCUUCGCCAUGCCGCAGCUCUGAUGGAAUCCUUUACAUGGGUAAAAAGCAGGACUUGUGGUAUGUGGUGGAUUUGCUAACGGGUGAAAAACAGCAGACUCUGACGUCCUCCUUUGCUGAGAUGCUCUGUCCGUCCUCAUCCCUUCUCUAUCUGGGACGCACGGAGUACACCAUCACCAUGUAUGACACGAAGAACCGAGAGCUGCGCUGGAAUGCCACCUACUCCGACUAUGCCUCCACUCUCCCUGACGACGACAUCAAAUACAAAAUGGCUCACUUUGUGUCCAACGGCGACGGCCUGGUGGUGACUGUGGACAGCGAGACGGGCGACAUUCAGUGGGUGCAGAACUACAACUCUCCGGUGGUGGCCAUGUACAUCUGGCAGCGCGAGGGUCUUCGCAAAGUCCCCCACACCAACGUCGCCGUGGAAACGCUGCGGUACCUCACCUUCAUGUCCGGAGAGGUGGGACGGAUCACUCAGUGGAAAUAUCCCUUCCCAAAGGAGAAGAAACCCAAAAAUAAAUUCAUGGCCACUUUAUAUGUGGGCAAAUACUCUACGAGCCUGUAUGCGUCGCCCUCUCUGGUUCAUGAUGGCGUUACAGUGGUGCCUCGUGGAAGCACCUUCCCCCUGCUGGAAGGCCCCGAUAGCCAGGAGACGGAGGAGGAUAAGGAGUGCGUCAUCACGCCCAGCACAAGCGUGAAAUUCAACGCUGGCCUCCGACAGCGAAACCGGAUCAACUUUAUGAGGAACUACCUGCUUCUCAUAGGUCAUCAUGAAACGCCUCCCGAGGCUCACACCAAGAUCCUGGAGAAUUUCCCCGAGAACUUCCCACGCAACCAAGCCAACGUCAUCCCGCCCACCACCGACAAGAAAGGAGAGGAGAAGGUGAACGAUAGCGGCAUGGACGACGGGCCGCCUCCUACCUCCAUCCAGGAACCGGGAGCCAGCGGCCGCACGGUGCGCUCAGAAGCGCCCGUGGACUCCAUGCUCAAAGACAUGGCCACCAUCAUCUUCUCCACUUUCCUUCUGGCCGGCUGGGUGGCGUUUGUUAUAGUCUACCCCAAGAAUGUGCACAAGCAGCAGCAGCUGCAGCACCAGGAGUUCCAGAGGCAGAUGGAGGAGCGGCUGGAGCUGCUCCAGAGGCAGCAGCCCUUCGCCCCGGUGGACGCGGGCUUAGGUCUGUCUCCGGACGGCGACUUCUUGGAGGUGGCCCGCGCUCGCUCCGACUGCUCGGACCACAGCAGCCCCAACGUCACGCCCCGGGCCUCCAACCACUCCAACCUGUCCGUGUCUGAGGUGGGGAGCUCCACCUACGAGCAGGAAGAUGGAGAGGAGGACUUCACGACGGUCAGAGUUGGCAACAUAACCUUCCGACCCAAACAGGUGCUGGGCCACGGUGCUGAAGGGACCAUUGUUUACAGGGGUCAGUUUGACAACCGUCCGGUGGCGGUGAAGAGGAUCCUCCCAGAGUGCUUCAGCUUCGCGGACCGAGAGGUUCAGCUGCUCAGGGAGUCGGACGAGCAUCCGAACGUCAUCCGUUACUUCUGCACCGAGCGGGACCGUCAGUUCCAGUACAUCGCCAUAGAGCUGUGUGCCGCCACUCUACAGGAGUAUGUUGAGAGCAAGGAUUUCGACCGCCAUGGACUGGAGCCGGUGGAGCUUCUGCAGCAGACCAUGUCAGGUUUAGCCCAUCUGCACUCUCUCAAAAUAGUCCACAGAGACCUGAAGCCCCACAACAUCCUGGUGUCCAUGCCGAACGCACACGGGCGCGUGCGGGCCAUGAUUUCAGACUUCGGGUUGUGCAAGAAGCUGGCGGUGGGGCGUCACAGUUUCAGCAGAAGGUCCGGGGUCCCGGGGACCGAGGGUUGGAUUGCUCCAGAGGUUCUCAGUGAGGACUUCAAGGACAACCCGACCUACGCGGUGGAUAUCUUCUCUGCUGGUUGUGUCUUCUACUACGUGGUGUCUCAGGGAUGUCACCCCUUCGGCAAGUCCCUACAGAGGCAGGCGAACAUCCUACUGGGUGCAUACAGCCUCGACUCUCUGCUAAGUGACAAACACGGGGAUAUUGUUGCCAGGGAUCUCAUUGAACAGAUGUUGCGCAUGGAUCCCCAGAAGAGACCUUCCGCUGAGAGUGUUCUCAAACAUCCCUUCUUCUGGAGUCUGGAGAAGGAGCUGCAGUUCUUCCAGGAUGUGAGUGACAGAAUAGAAAAGGAGCCGCUGGACGGACCAAUCGUGAGGCAGCUGGAGAGAGGAGGGAGGGCUGUCGUCAAGGGCGACUGGAGGGAGCACAUCACAGUGCCACUGCAGACAGAUCUGCGGAAGUUUCGCUCCUAUAAGGGUGGGUCGGUCAGAGACCUUCUGCGUGCAAUGAGGAACAAGAAACAUCAUUACCGGGAGUUGCCUGCCGAGGUGCAGGAGACCCUGGGCUCCAUCCCUGACGACUUCGUCUCGUACUUCACGUCCCGCUUUCCUCACCUCCUCAUGCACACCUAUCUGGCCAUGAGGAUCUGCGCGCCCGAGAGGCCUUUCCUGCCUUACUACCCCACCGCAGAGCAGCUGCAAAAAACACAGACCCAGUGUGUGCAAAGACUCCCUGAGCCGUGCACCCGACCCCCGCAGAGUCACACAGCAUUACCCACGUCACAAACGCAGGAAGAGUCUCAGCCUGUGCAGCCGGAGCCCUCGUCUUCAGACUCUUCCGUUGACACGGGUCAGCCAGAAGUUCUCGGACUCCCCACAGGUUCUGACGUCCUCAGUGGAAACGUCUCAGAACGGCCUGCGGUUCCUCUCGGGCCUGACGUCCUCGCUGCCCCGGACAGCUCAGACUGAGCCAAAGCUAAGGCGGACCCAAAAACGGAUGAGGGGAGUUUUGCCUUAAACGGUGGAGAACAUUCAGGGGUGUGCUGCUGCUGCUGCGCCGCGGCGAGGCCCAGGCCUGCAGUGCCUGGAGUCGCCUGCAGGCGCAGCAGCAAGUAACCGCAAACAAAAAGUGCCUUCUGCUGGUCUGGAUUCAGGUUUGCCCGCUUACCGUCUCUGCUCAGACGUCCGCCUGCCUACAAGGUGGUGGUGGAUACUUUUCUUGUAGCUGUACUGAGCAAAGAAAUGGCUUUUUAAUUUAAUUUAAUUACACAGUGCAACAACAACAAAAAAAAUGUGUCCAAAAGCUCUCUCUGCUCGUUGUUGUGGGGGAAAAAAAUCUGCAUAUGUUGGACAAUGGGGAGGUUUUAUUGUGCAAUGUCGUGAGUUUCUCAGUAAAGGUGUUUGCUGCAGAUGCUGGAUGUGUAAUUUUUGUACAGAAAGAUUGAAAGUUUGGGUCAUGGAUCGCUUAAUAUGGCCCCCGUGCCUUUUUUUUUAUAUCUAUAAAUAUAAACCCAUCACUGUGCUGUAUGGGCAACGAUUAUUAAAAACAGACUAUGCUUCAUGUGCUUGAUUCCACCUACUGCUGCUAGACUCUAAUCUGUGUUGCUGACUCAGACUGUUCCAAAGUAUCUGAAUCCAGGAAAUGAUUUAAUCCUCGUCUUGGUGUUUGAGAAUAAUUUGAAAAGUGAAGCCGCAACAUGUCCAUGUGUGACUUUUGUUUGUUUUAGUGUCAUAGUGAUGUUGAUGACUUGCACAUAUUAAAUUCUAUAUGGUUUUUCUACUCUUA